AUGUCGACAACCUUGAGUGAGGAAGACAUUGAGAAACUCUUCUCUGGAGCACCACAAUUCUUUGCGCGGAACGAGAGCCACUUCUAUGGUGCUCCCCAUCCUAGCAUCGCAUUUCUGUUUGACGAAGAGCUUGAAAUCAGAGACUUGACAGAUCAUGUUCAAAUCGAGGACAAGGCCUGGGGUGCCAUGACGGCUUGGCCACACUUGACCAGGGAUGCCGAACAUGAUGCCGUUGCCAAGAGGCAGAUACAGGAGAAUCACAAGGCCCACUUCCAUGUCAAGUGUCGAGAGCGGCCGAAUAUGAUGAGCAUGCAGGGAGUGGAAAAGGGAACCAUGGGUUAUCAGGCAGCUCUUGAACUUCCGGCAGGCGAUUCCCUUGAGGAAGAGCAAUUUGGUUUCGAAAGCCUCGGCACCAAAGCCAAGGUGAUUGUGGAGGCCAGAGCUCACAUGCUGUCGCACAGCGGAAUGCUGCGUCGUAUACCAGAGCCAGAAGUCCUAGAUCGCCUCAGGCGAAAUAGCGACAUCUACCGGCACAACGACCUGAAGUCGAGAACUUGUGUGGAUACGUACAAGGACCUCUUCCACAAUUUCAUGAGGCCAACCAACGCCGUUACUGACCAGGCAGACCACUGCGGCCUCAACAAUCAAAUUCGGGCGUUGCUAAAAUGCCUCGGCGUUGCCAAUGUCUGGAUAGACUUUUCUCGCGUCGAAUGGAGAAUUCGCUUGGGCCAAGUGCUAUGGGGGGAAAACGAUGGCGACGAGCUGGACGACGACACAGCAAUUCAUGAUACCGACGAUGCCAAGGAGCGUGCUGAGGAAAAGUACUGGCUACUCAUGCAAAUUUUGCUUGCAACAGAGCUUCUGAUCAGACUGGAUGCCGUCACGGAAGGGAUUGAGUACGGCGUGACUGGAAUCAGGCCCAUAGACGUCGUCCAUUUUGAACGAGCAGCAUCUCAAACUGUCAAAUGGUCUUUACUCUUGGCUCGGAGUUGGCUCGACAAUAUUGAAAUUGUCAAAGAGGACGAUCCUUUACCUGUGCGACCUCCAGCCCCGCGGCGUGGGAGCAGCUGGCUCGGGGCGCUGGCCAGUAGAGUCACAAACCGAUAUCACAAAAAGAACGCGUCGCCGCCUUACCACUACACUAUAAAGGGGCGCAACGGCGAACGUCAGGUUGAGGGCCUGACUCACUUUGCCAGGAACUUGAUGUGGCCAGGAAUAGACAGAUACGAGACCAAAAUUUCAGAAAACGCACAGAAUGCAAUCGAAGAAACUCCUGGGCGGAGGACCAGCUCACUAUCCAUAAUAUCCAGGCACUCAUCAAAUUUUGGGGCUUGGGACAUUACAUGUAACCAUGGCAAACACAAGGGUCGUGCACAAGCCCAACGAAGAAGGCUGGCUGCUGCCCUCCAUGAAUCUGGUUGGUUGACCAAGUCAUAUGUGUUCGGCUUAAUCAUUCCCGGCGAUUCCCUUUGUCACUAUCUCAUGGCCACGCUUUUGGAGAACGACACCGAGGCAAUGGCGAAGCUCGGCCCCUUUGCCAAUUUGUCUGGAGGUUUUGUAUACUCGGGCAAGAGUUUUUGGAGCACAAGUUGCAUUGUUGGACGUGUGCUCGCAGCAGGCAAAGGGGCAGCAGAAUGCAUGGGGUGGGUUUCAACAGACGUCCUCCCAGAAGAUGUGGAGGAUGGCUGGCUGACCAUAGAGGUUGAAGAUGUUGCUGACGAUAUUGCGCAGCUCGGCAAAAAAGCCAGGCUUUGGGGUAAGAAGAAGGUUGAGCGUGAAUCAUCCAUUUUGGGCAACGGCAAGGAGAAUUCCGUCCAAGCCGCGGACUUCAUAAUCCCACAUGAAAACAAAUACACCACGCCGCCUCCCACGGUUUAUGUCGAGCUCCUAUCUCUGGUCCUCACCUCGUCUCCCGAGCCCGUAGCGGCUACCCCGCUGUCAGAGAUGGUGCCAACGCCGACUGUUGAGCAUUGUACCAAAUGUCCCGAAUUGAUUUCAUAUCCGGCAGGUUGCAAGUUCUUUGUCUCUAUUGGCGGAAGCAAGGAGGAGGAGUACCAGUAUCCGCUAACAUACGAUGUCAACUUUGUUACGGCCCAUCCAUGUGCCCCAUCACAGAGGGUAAGGGUUGUGAGAUCGCCUGUUUCAAGCCCGACGAUAAAGCAAAUAGAUGGGUUGGGAGAUAUGAUGGCUAAUAAUUCGAGGGCCUCAUUCAGGACUGGACACCCUUUGCAUAAGUUUUACGAGUUUACCGUGAUCCACAUUUCCGAACUGAUCAAGAAGCCACGCACGACGCUGUCGGAAUUUCUCCGCGAUCCUACUUUUGGCAAAGCAGGGUCGAACCGAGUGCUUGUCAUUGACUGCAUUACCGGGUUUGCGGAACAGCCAAAGUCGCCAGCCGUUGCAGAGAUUAUAAAGCCAUCGUCAUCACCGAUUCUUGAUCGAAAAGGCAGCUUCUCUGCGGCGGCGAGAAUGCAUUUGGAGUCUCAAAAGAGACAGUUUGGUUCCGACAUGGAGAUUAUGGUGAGAGCGAUAUGUGCGCAGAGGGGCUGGAAUGCGGUUAUUAGUAGACGAAGGAGGAGUUGUUUGGCUUGUGCAAUUCGGGAAGCUGGCGCAUUGGCAUGGAGAGUCAUUAUACGGGUACCGUGA